AUGAGUUCCAUGGCUUCCCCUUUCUUUUGCCAAAGUCCUACCUCCGGAAGCAUUGGUAGCAUGCGUCAGGGGAUUCCUAACUCUUCCAAGUGCAACCGAGACCCUAAUUUCAUAACGAAGGACCCUCUGGAAGUGGAAAGAGGAUUGGAUGAAAGAUUCGAGAUGACUGAGACGGAAGCCAACUCCUUGGUUGGAAAACAGGGUAUUAGAUUCAAAAGGCAAAGGAUAGGCGUAGACCAGCAUACAGAAAAGAAGAAAGGGCACGUCCUACCACAGGGUGCAGCAGUGUGGAAAGAAGGCGAGCUGUUGCUGAUGUGA